AUGCCCCUCUGUCUCCCUCUCUGCCUGUCUCCCACCAUCACUACCACCAAAUUGGGAGCCUGUCUCUAUGACAACGUGGUGCAGGCGGGGUUUGCCAGCUGGAGGCAGAGUCAGUCAGUGCUCAGUUGGCAUCACCGGCUCCAAACCUCCACACCGCAUCACGCCCUGAGUGGAAUGGAAGAAAAGGACAAGAAAGAAAAUGGGGAGUACACCGGAGAGAUAAAGGGUGGGCUGCGGCCUUCAAUGAAGCUGGUUGUUAUGGGAAUUAUUAACAAAAAACCCAAGAACAUGGAGGUGAUUCUGUCGAGUACACCUCAGGAGGAGGAAACAGAGGGGGACGUGGGACUUCAGUUGAAGGUGAGCUUCAUGGAUAAAGCCGUCCAACGCAACGCCCGCCUGGCUGGGAAGUGGGGAAGACCUGAAACUACUCUCUCCUUCUUUCCUUUUGCAGCUGGAGAAUCCUUCAAGAUGGAGAUCGUUUGUGAGCACCAGCAGUUUCGUAUCUUGGUGGACGGACAGCCUCUAUGUGGAUUCACCCACCGGCUCUCGCGGCUCGCCUCCCUCACUGCCUUACGAGUCUUUGGAGACCUACAGCUCACCAAGGUGGCCUAGCAGCAGCGUCUCGUAGACCAACAACAUGAGGAUGUUCUGGGAACAGUGUACAAUAGUUAGAAUAGAGCUACUUUUUGAGUGAAUGAUUAACCUCAAGAUGGGGAAAAACAAAGUAAAACCUGCCUCGUAAUCACGUGUAAAGACAAAGUGCCUUCACUAGAUUACCUGUUUGGGGACUUGAAGAUAAUGACUGAAUGUAACAGUCAUUAUUUAAAUGUCUAAAAUCAACUGAGGAAUGUGAUUCAAAAUGAAAGCAAAUGUGGUCGAAAAGCUAUAACAUUUUCCCUUUGCACAAACGUGAUGUGUCACUGCCGUCAGAAGGAGUGCCGCAUCCGUCUUUUGUGCGUUAACAAAAAAUCUCAGACGUUUUUUGUCUUUGAUUUCUCUGGGGGUUAACCUUUGAAAGCACUUACGUUUACGAGCGCCUGCAUGAAGAUGAAUGUUUCUGAAAUCAGCUGAUUGUCAUUCUGUGGCCGACUAAGUACUGUAACAGGUGUAAUAAUGUAAAACGAGUUAGCCGACAUUAGUGCAUGCCAGUGAUCAUUCCUCUCAGUUUGCCUUCAGACUAAAACAGCUGGAGGGAUUUUAGGUUAGCUCAUACUUUCUGUUUAUUGAUAUCAGCUUUGCCCACUGAGUUGUGUACUUUUCUCUUCCCCCUGAGCACUUUUUAUUAUGUGAAUGUUUCAUAUUGGCUUUACUUCACUGCAAUAAAUCACUUUUGUUGUUAUGUUUGUGUUGUUGUCCGCCUUGUGGUCGACUAAUGCUGUGGAGAUUCACUCCCAAAACCAAUGCUACAGUAGGAUCAAAUAACACUGAGGUAUUGUAUCACUAAUGAUUUCACUGGAAAGAGCCUGUAAACCAACACCAGCUCAGCCUGAGUCACUCAGAUAAAGGCUCGACUCAGCUUGCUGAGUGGGAGUGCCUGUCUGUGAUUUCUGGAAGCCGCCGGCCUCAAAUCAGACUUGAUGAUUGCAAGAAACACCACCCGAGGAUUUUCUUGUCUCUACUUGUACUUCCUCUAGGUGUCUGAUCCUUUAUCAAAAAGCUGUAUAAAAUAUUUCGCUCAAGGUUUCUGCAGCGUUCACCAAGUUAACCAUUUGAAACCUGUAUUUUUGUCACUUUUUUUGAGCUACAUUGAACCUUUGAAUCCUGUGCAAAUUGGCAAAUUUGGGGAAAAAAAACAAACACAAUGAACAACUUGGCAAGAAACGCUGCACAAAUUGCAAAAAAUGUUUUCGAUUUAGAAAAUUAUGUUUAGAAGGCAUGUUGUUGAAUGGCAUGAAUGUUUAGAAGUUUGGAAGGCAUAUUUUCCUUAAAAAGUUUGGCCAUGUUUUUUUUUCUUUUAAAGAAAUCAAGCCAUAAAGGUUUGGAACCGCUGGGUAAUUCAUUAUUACAUAUUACAGUCUUACUAUAUAACUAAAUAUUAUUUUAA